AACCUUUGUGGGGGACCUUAUGUACAUAUCUUGAUUUAUACUGAUACUAAGUUUGGGUAUUAGUCCAAGAAUAAGGCCUGGCAAAAUCUGAAGGGGUAAGAAGGGGGUGCGGGAGAGACCAGUAGCCUCAAUUAUGAAGAAGAUCUUGGUUCACGGGGUUAAGGAAAAGACGCCAAUGGGUUUCUGCGAUGUCCCAAGAAAAAACCUGUUGGACUUUUUACGUGAUAUGAAAAGCAUUUCUGUCCCAAACGAACCGAGAUACAAACCUCUCAGAAAGAUCCAUCAGGCUGCAAGUGAGGGUGAUACAGACAGACUACGGAGAAUGAUAAGUCUUGGGAAACACAGUGUGCAUGACAGAGACUUUAAGCAAAGGACUGCUCUGCAUUUUGCCUGUGCCUAUGGCCAGGUGGAAGUAGUAAGUGUUCUAUUGAGAAAUAACUGUGAUAUUGAUGCUGCUGACGUGAACUUCAUCACACCUCUGAUGAAGGCUGUUCAAAACUGGACAUAUGAAUGUGUGUGUAUAUUGUUGAAGCAUGGUGCUGACCCAAAUCAUAUGGACAAAAAUGGCAAUACUCCUCUCCACUAUGCUGUGUCGGAAGAUAACCAGACACUGGCUAAAUGCUUGCUUAAGUACAGUGCAAACAUGGAACAAAAGAACAAGGAUGGCUUUACACCACUUUUACUGGCUCUCAAGGAAAACAAAAUAGAAAUGGCAAAGUUUUUAGUAAAGAUGGGGGCAAAUAUACACGUAUUUGAUGAAAUGAAAAGAAACACACUCUUAUAUGCCAUAAGAUGGGACUCAAAAGAUAUGGUCAAUCUACUUUUGGAUGAAGGCAUUGACUUUUUCUUUAGAGAUGUAUUUGGUUGGACUGCAUUGCGGUAUGCUAUUGAAGGCACAAGUAAAGGUAGUCGAGAGAUUCUUAUGAACUAUGAUGAAAUGUUACGUAGAAAAAAUAAAGAUGGCAUUCCAGAAUACAAGAAUUUUGAAGACAAGUUGUUAGACAAGCACCCCAAUGACCCUACUUCUGGAUCUUCCUUUCCUAAAUCAAAUGAGAAGGCAUGCGAGUUUGAUGAUGAGGCGGAUAUUUCUAAGUAUGUUCUCACUACGUGUCCUAAUAAUAUACAUGGGGCAGGAGAGCAAGGAGACAAAAGUGAAACAAAAGGAGCAGCAGAUGUUCAAGUUUGGACGAAUCCUACCUUGAAGUCUUCCACUAAAGGGAAAGUACCCAAUCUGAAUGAAGUAGGAACAAUGACAGAAUCACAUCAUUUCAUAAAAGAAUCAGACUUAAAAAUUGAGUCACUGGAGGAAACAUUUUCAUAUGACAAUGAAGACAAACAGUCGGUGAGUGAUGAUGGACAUUUUUCUGGAACAACUCCUGAAUGGUGUCAAAAUGAUACAAAUAGAAAAACUACAGCUAAAGACUGCAUGUAUCCUAACUUGAAGUCUUCCACUGAGGGGAAAAUGCCUACUCGCAGUAAAACAGGAAAAAUGGCCGAGCCACCUCACUUCAUAAUAGAAUCAGAUUUGGAAAUUGAAUCUCUGGAAGAAACUGUGUCAUGUGACAGUGAAGAUAAACAACUACUGGUAUAAAGAUAUUUCAAUUGUUUUGUUUAAUACUGCUUUUUGGUUGUUUUUCAAUUG